AUGGCCUCCGAACGCCUCACAAUCGUCAUCAAACUAGGGACGAGUUCUAUCGUCGACGAGAACACUCACGAGCCGAUUCUCUCGAUCCUGACGCUAAUAGUCGAGACGGCGGCCAAGCUGCACAGAGAUGGUCAUAAUGUCGUUCUUGUCUCGUCUGGUGCUAUCGGCGUGGGUCUGCGAAGGAUGGAUAUAGAGGAGAGGCCCAAGAACUUGCCUCGUGUACAGGCGCUCGCUGCGGUGGGACAAUGCAGACUCAUGAGUCUCUGGGAUGGCUUGUUCGCGCAUCUUCGGCUUCCAGUUGCACAGAUUCUUCUUACCAGAAACGACAUCGCAGAUGAAAUCAAAUUCGGUGAUAACGAUACGUUAUCAGCCAUAACAGCCGCCAUGGUCAAAGCGGACUAUCUCUUCCUAAUGACUGAUGUCGAUUGUCUGUACACAGCAAACCCUCGCAGCAACCCUGACGCCAAACCGAUUGAGGUCGUGUCCGAUAUCUCGUCGUUGGAGGCAGACGUCUCGUCAGCGGGGUCCGCGCUGGGAACUGGCGGCAUGAGCACCAAGAUCAUUGCUGCAAAGCUGGGAACUAGUGCUGGCGUGACCACCAUCAUCACCAAGAGCUCUAAACCCGGAAACGUUCACGAGAUUGUGAGAUAUCUCCAACAGAUUGACGAAGACAAGCGCGGGACGACUACCGAUAGCUCACAGCCACGGAUUGUACCGCCUCUGCACACGCGCUUCCUCCCGUCAGAUAACCCGGUGCAGUCACGAUCGUUCUGGCUCCUACACGGUCUCAAGCCUCGGGGUACGAUAUACAUCGACAACGGGGCCUAUAAUGCUCUCUUGAACAAGGCCAGCCUUCUUCCCGCUGGCGUGGUGGAGGUGGAUGGUCAUUUCGCCCAACAGGAAGCCGUACGACUGGUGGUUGUCCAGAAGCUGUCGCCGGAUUCUCUGAAUGGAGACUUUCUGCAUCAUGGUCAGGAGCCGCGAGAAGUGGGUCGGGCCCUAGUGAACUAUGGCAGCCCUGAGAUCGCGCGCAUCAAGGGUCACCGGAGCACCCAGAUCAACUCCAUCCUGGGUUAUGCGGACAGCGAGUAUGUCGCACUCCGCGAGAACAUUUCAUUCUUCGCAGGGGAAGAAUCUCCUCAACGGUAG